CUCAGCGCACGCGCACUCCGCAAUGCCGCGCGACCUUUGACCCGCCGGCCGCCCUUGAGCCCACGGGGCCCGGGAACGCCGGAACCGUGGCGGGAGACAGCGCGGCGCGGCUGUCAUGGCCAAGUACCUGGCUCAGAUCAUUGUGAUGGGGGUGCAGGUGGUGGGCAGGGCCUUUGCCCGAGCUCUGCGUCAAGAGUUUGCAGCCAGCCGAGCAGCUGCAGAUGCCCGGGGCCGUGCUGGUCAGCAGUCGGCGGCAGCAUCCAAUCUCUCUGGCCUCAGUCUGCAGGAGGCCCAGCAGAUCCUGAAUGUGUCCCAGCUGAGCGCUGAGGAGGUGCAGAAGAACUACGAGCACCUAUUCAAGGUCAAUGACAAGUCUGUGGGUGGCUCCUUCUACCUGCAGUCCAAGGUGGUCCGAGCCAAGGAGCGCCUGGAUGAGGAGCUCCGGAUCCAGGCACAGGACCAAGGGAAAGAGCCUAAGACGUGACUUGGCCC